AUGGCGGCCACCCUGGAGGGCCCCAGCGGGCGGACGUGGCUGGUGGUCAUCCGCCGGUCCGCCGAGGGCACCUUUUUCACCUCGGGCUGGCCCAAGUUCGUGCAGGACCAGGAGCUGCGGGAGCUCGAGUUCCUCGUGUUCCGGUACGACGGCGGCACGCACUUCACCGCCAUGGUGUUCGACACCACGGCCUGCGAGCGGGAGGACCUGCUGCUCGGCGCCGACCAGCCGCGCCGUGGCCGGCAGCGGCAGAACAACAAGCGGGCGAACAAGGAUUCCGUCGGGAAGGAGCUGGUGCCGUACCGUGCGCCACGUGAGCAGCAGGUUUCAUGCUCCAAUUGGACGCCAGAAUCGGCUGGCGCGGUCAAGACCGAGAUUGAGGACGGCGACGAGGACCGCGCGCCGAAGCGCGGCCCGGACCCAGAGCCCCAGGUCCAGGACGGCGCGGAAAAGCGGCGCGCGGUGAAAACGAGGAGCAUCCACGAGGACCUGCAGGCGCUCGCGGACAUCCCGGACUCCGUCAGGCGCUACAAGAGGUACGUGUCUCGCCGGUGGCACGUGACGGGCGCCGAGCGGCAGCGCGCCAUGGAGCUAGCCUACGCGUUCCGGUCGUCGCUGCCGUACUGCGUCAUCCGCAUGAGCACAAUGCACGUCUACUACUCGUUCAUGAUGAGGUUCCCGACGGGGUUCUCGCGGCAGCACCUGCGGCGGGAGCGCACGGACGUGGUGCUCCGGGACCCGGGCGGCAAGGCGCGGGUGGUGCUCUACAUCCCCAACACGAGGGACCGGCUGUCGCGCGGCUGGUGCGCCUUCGCGCGGGGCAACUGCCUCGAGGAAGGGGACUACUGCGUGUUCGAGCUCGUGGGCGCGGCCGAGUUCCGCGUCCAUGUCUUCCGCGUCGUCGAGCCGGCCGUGCCGGCGCCCGGCGGUCAGGCUCCGGAGCACGUGAAGCGGCCAAGCGGGGGAGGAGGUGGCAGCUGA